AUGGGUGCCGAUCUACGAUCAGCCAAGCUACGCGACAUGCCCCGGUGGUGGUAUUCUAUUGAGGUUUUUCCCGAAAAUAAUGGAAAAAUUUUUGAUCACAGGCGUUUAUUUGAGCUAAUCAUUUAUUGAGAAAAUGAAAUCAAGUGUUCAAUCAAUGUUGAAAAUGCAAAACUCUUUCAAUCCCUUCAACAAUGACUAAAAUACUUUAGAAAGGCGAGUGUCAAUUCAUGCACAGGUUGUUCAAACCUUCUCGGCGGAACUACGCGACUUUGGAUUUUAUUGAAGAAUCUUCUUCUCGCGCUUGUGAUUCUGGAAUUCAGGUUUUUCUUGCCUCAAGGCGUUUGCAUCGAAAGUUAUUUUUGCAAGAAUCUAAAUCAUCCUUCGACUAUGGCAGCUCAAGUAUGGCGACUUUUCCCAACUUGAAAAGCGAGAGAGGCGAAAAAAGGGUGGGACGCGUAGCGUGGGCGUACGCGGUUCUUAGCAAAAGUUCAAUUCAAUUGCUACCGACUAUUCGUAGAGUUCCAUUAUCAUUUUUUUUGAUUCUUUGUUGAUUUAUUUCAUUAGGCCAUCAAAAAAUAGUAGAAUGGAUGAAAAAAGAGCGAUGACUGUGCUUUUUAAAUUUCCGGUAGCUCUUGAAUUGAACUUGUGCCAAGAAACGCGUACGGACACGCUACGUGUCCCGUCCAUCUGCCUCCUUCGUUUUUCGAGUCGGGAUGUAUCGACUAUAACUAGGAUGUAAAGAGCGGCAGAAUUAUAGUAACACUGUAAAAAGUAAAGAAGCUUGUUUAAGACCAGAAUGUUAUCGCAAAAACCGUGUGGUAACAUUUACGCAUCCCUUAAAAUGAAAGUUUCGGGAAACUUGAAAAGGCUAGGGACUACCAGAUGCUAGAAAAAAUCAUUCUUUACUGAUUUGACUUUUGACCAAGAUUUUCAACAUUUUUCAGCUCACUCGAAACUUCUGCGGUUACAUUCUUUCUUUUUUCCUCCCUGAAACCUGUGUUGAUGGACUUCUUGGCCGAUCCCGUGCUUUUCUUCUCAGCAGCUCUCAGUUCUCUGAUUUUCUUGCUCUGGAAGCUGACCACACUAGAGAGGGAAAAUCAGUGAGUAAAACUGAAACUUUUUGGAAAAUAUCUAUCUCACAGGUUCUGGACCUUGGCGCUGGUGAUGGCUCAAUCACAAAAAAAAUGGAACCCUUUUUCGAAAACGUCUAUGCAACAGAAACCUCACAGGUACGAAUUUUUUUUAGCUAAAAUGCUUAUUUUUUUCUUUCAAGGUAUUGCGAUGGCAACUGAAGUUAAGAGGUUAUUCCAUAUUAGAUCCAGAAGAAUGGAUCGAUUCAAAUAUUGGUUUUAACCUUAUAACGGCAUUUAAUCUAAUCGAUUGGUAAUACUCAAAAUUUGGUCAUUUCUUAGAUUUUUUAGUCACAAAAGCCCACAGAAGCUUCUGGAAGACAUACGAAAAGUCGCUUUGCAAUUUUUAUGUCCCGUGGUCAUUUCGAUAGCUUUUCCUGAUCCUGAGAGAGAAUCUAGGAGCACUCGACCCCCUGACUCAAAUAACAGUGAGGGAAAUUGAAGGAAUCGGAAAUUUGUCAAAAUUUUCAGGUUCUUUGAAAAUCUUUGGAGAGACCUUUGAAGAAAAAGUUGAAUGGCUGACGACAAAAGAACUGGCCCCAGCUGGCUUUGAAGUGACGUCAUGGACAAAAGUUCCUUAUUUGAAAGAAGGCGACUCGGAUGACGUGGGUGUCAUAAUAAUUAUCUUGAAAAAGUCGUUGGAUGUGUUCGGUUUUUUUAAAAUGGCUAAUAUGCUCGUAUCACUGUCCUCGAUUAUCAGAAUAGUUCACAAGAAAGCUUCAAAUGAUCUUAGAACAUCCGAGGGACCAUCCCUUCAAGUUUUGACAUACCCUCAAAAGCCUCAAAAACACAGCGGUCAAAUUUUUUGAGACUACUUCACUUUUAGCUCGAAAAGACCCAUUUCAAAGUCGAAAAUUUUUGAAACCCUUUUUUUUCAUUUUGUCCUUUCAUUACAGUAUUUCUACGACACCGAGUCUGCUGUUCUACUUCUGCGAGCUCUUCAAGAAAAUGAAAUAGACGCAUGUAACGACCGAUAUUUCGCGAUUGGAACUGGGGAUAGCUCUGACGAAAACUCCGAGGAUGAAGAAAAAAACUUUGAGUGA